AUGUUCCCCACACUCAUUUCAGUCGCUCUCUUGACCAGUCUUGCCAUUAAGGGAGCUCGCGCCGAUUUUAACGUCACCACCCCGACAUUGGUCCAGUGCCAACCCGCCACCCUUACCUGGUCAGGCAACUAUAUUGCACCAGUGAACGUCAUUAUCGUGCCUAGUGACGAUGAAUGUGGAGACGAGCUUGCCGACCUCGGUGAUUUCAAUGCGUCGUCCGCUACGUGGACUGUCAAUAUCCCCGCUGGCCAGUCGGUCACUUUCUCCUUGCAAGAUGCCAAGGGGGAUGAAGCUUGGAGUGCCCCCAUCACUAUCCAGGGUAGCAGCGCCGAUUCUUGCCUGAAUUCGACUUCGGCUGCUAACUCUACGUCGGGCUUGCCCACUUCAGCAUCCGGUGGUGCUAACACUACCGGCAGUGCGGAAGCUCCUGAGUCUCCCGUCGCCUCUCCUCCUGUUGUCAACGACGCCCCUGCAACCACCAGCAAUGCUGCCGUCCCUGUCGGUGCUGCCAACACUGGUGACAACCCGACCUCGGCCGGGUUCACUAUCCACCAGCUUAGCAUCCCCGUCAUGAUUUUCAGUAUGCUCGCCGCGUUCACGCUUUUCUAA